AUGCAGUUCGACAAGGGCUACCAGUCGCCCUACUUCAUCACCGACCAAGGCGCGAUGGAGGCCGUUCUCGAGGACGCCUACAUCCUGAUCCACGAGAAGACGAUCACGUCGCUGCGUGACCUGCUGCCGGUCCUUGAGGCCGUGAGCCAGAAGGGCAAGCCGCUGAUGAUCAUCUCUGAGGACGUCGAGGGCGAAGCCCUGGCGGCCCUGGUGGUGAACAAGCUCCGCGGCGUGCUCAACGUCUGUGCCGUGAAGGCGCCGGGCUUCGGCGACCGCCGCAAGGCGAUGCUCGGCGACAUCGCCACCCUGACCGGCGGUACGCUGAUCAGCGAGGACCUCGGCAUCAAGCUCGAGAGCGUCACGCUCGAGCAUCUCGGCCGCGCGAAGAAGGUCAGCGCCAACAAGGAAGCGACCACCAUCGUCCAGGGCGCCGGCAAGAGCGACGACGUCAAGAAGCGGAUCGACCAGAUCCGUAAGACGAUCGAGACCUCGACCAGCGAGUACGACAAGGAGAAGCUCCAAGAGCGCCUUGCGAAGCUCACCGGCGGCGUCGCGAUCAUCUCGGUCGGCGCCUCGAGUGAAGCCGACAUGAAGCAGAAGAAGGCCCGUGUCGAAGACGCGUUGCACGCCACCCGUGCGGCCGUCGAAGAGGGCAUUCUCCCCGGUGGCGGCGUCGCGCUGCUCCGCUGCAAGGAGGCCGUCGAGGCCGCUCGUUCGUCCGCCAAGGGUGACGAGAAGAUCGGCGUCAACAUCGUGCUGGGCGUCCUGGACGCCCCGCUGAAGCAGAUCGCCGCCAACGGCGGCCUGCACGGCAGCGUGAUUGCCGACGAGGUCGUGAAGACGGCCAUCACCAACGCCGCCUCGAUCGCCGGCCUCCUGCUGACGACCGAGGCCCUGGUCACCAACUACGACUCGCACGACGACGCCAAGCGCGGCGUGAUGGGCAGCAUCCGCUGA